CACAUUCCUCCGCGCCGGAAGAGUGCGUUCUCCCUGAGCCCCGGCUGCUCUCCUCUCAGAGCUCUUUCCUAAAGGAGAGCUCGUGGGCCCUCCGCGGUGUGCCGCUUGUAGUCUUCGGACAGCGCAGAACUUUCGCAGACAAGGAGACAGGAACCACACGCGGCUAAGGGCAAAGGGAGGAAGAAGGAAGGCCCUACGAUGAGGCGUCGCGUUGCUGCGGAGGGAUUCUGUUUCUGUGGUGGCGGAGGGAUUUGACAGUACGUUAACUUCCGGAAAAGUCCUGACCCAGAGAGGAAAAACCCCGAAGGAAACAAUAACAAACGAGAAGAGGAAGCGAUUGUGGGGUUCCUGUGUUGAGCGGUUCUUGUCCGAGAAGAUGAGUUUCGGCCCCUGUCAGGAGACGUGAGCGGGUUCGGUGGGCUUCAGCCAGCCUUUCUCCACCUGUUCCCUCCCCCUCCCCCUCCCCCGGGGGCCCCCCGGGUAUUGCUAUGGCAGGCGUGGGGCCGGGGGGCUACGCGGCGGAGUUCGUGCCACCUCCUGAGUGUCCAGUCUUUGAGCCCAGCUGGGAGGAGUUCACGGACCCUCUCAGCUUUAUCGGCCGCAUCCGGCCUCUCGCGGAAAAAACCGGCAUCUGCAAAAUCCGACCGCCCAAGGAUUGGCAACCUCCAUUUGCAUGUGAAGUAAAAAGUUUUCGUUUCACUCCCAGAGUCCAGCGCCUGAAUGAACUUGAGGCAAUGACCAGAGUGAGACUGGACUUCUUGGAUCAAUUAGCAAAAUUUUGGGAACUCCAAGGAUCUACUUUGAAGAUUCCAGUGGUGGAGAGAAAAAUCCUAGAUCUGUAUGCUUUGAGCAAGAUUGUUGCCAGCAAAGGAGGUUUUGAAAUGGUCACAAAAGAGAAGAAAUGGUCUAAAGUGGGUAGUCGCUUGGGAUAUCUGCCAGGAAAAGGAACUGGGUCUCUUUUGAAGUCACAUUAUGAAAGAAUUCUCUACCCAUAUGAACUUUUCCAAUCUGGUGUCAGCCUUAUGGGUGUACAGAUGCCUAAUUUAGAUCUUAAGGAAAAAGUAGAGCCUGAGGUUCUUGGCACUGAUGUCCAAACUUCCCCAGAGCCAGGCACAAGAAUGAACAUUCUGCCGAAGAGAACAAGGCGUGUCAAGUCUCAGGCAGAAUCUGGAGAAGUGAACAGAAACACGGAACUGAAGAAACUUCGAAUUUUUGGGGCUGGGCCUAAGGUCGUGGGCCUAGCAAUGGGAGAAAAAGAUAAAGAAGAUGAGGUCUCCCGAAGACGAAAAGUUACCAACAGGUCAGACGCAUUUAACAUGCAAAUGAGACAACGGAAAGGAACUCUCUCUGUUAACUUUGUUGAUCUCUAUGUUUGUAUGUUUUGUGGUCGGGGAAAUAAUGAAGAUAAGUUGCUUUUGUGUGAUGGAUGUGAUGACAGCUAUCAUACAUUCUGUUUAAUUCCCCCACUACCUGAUGUGCCCAAAGGAGACUGGAGGUGUCCUAAAUGUGUUGCUGAGGAAUGUAAUAAACCUCGAGAGGCCUUUGGAUUUGAACAAGCUGUACGAGAGUAUACACUUCAGAGCUUUGGAGAGAUGGCAGAUAAUUUUAAGUCUGAUUACUUCAAUAUGCCAGUUCAUAUGGUUCCUACAGAACUAGUAGAAAAGGAAUUCUGGCGGCUGGUGAGCAGCAUUGAAGAAGAUGUUAUUGUAGAGUAUGGAGCUGAUAUCUCCUCAAAAGACUUUGGAAGUGGAUUUCCUGUAAAGGAUGGUCGGAGAAAGAUGCUGCCAGAAGAAGAGGAAUAUGCGCUUUCUGGUUGGAAUUUGAAUAAUAUGCCUGUCCUAGAGCAGUCUGUUCUUGCACAUAUUAAUGUAGACAUCUCUGGUAUGAAAGUGCCAUGGCUCUAUGUAGGAAUGUGUUUCUCUUCUUUCUGCUGGCACAUUGAAGAUCACUGGAGUUAUUCCAUCAACUACUUACACUGGGGGGAGCCAAAGACAUGGUAUGGUGUGCCAUCUCAUGCUGCCGAACAACUGGAGGAGGUGAUGAGGGAGCUGGCUCCUGAGUUAUUUGAAUCCCAGCCUGAUCUCCUGCAUCAGUUAGUCACCAUCAUGAACCCCAAUGUACUGAUGGAGCAUGGUGUGCCUGUGUACAGGACCAAUCAGUGUGCUGGCGAGUUUGUUGUGACAUUUCCUCGUGCCUAUCAUUCUGGAUUUAACCAGGGCUACAACUUUGCUGAAGCUGUGAACUUCUGUACUGCUGACUGGUUGCCCAUUGGACGUCAGUGUGUCAAUCAUUACCGACGGCUGAGGCGCCAUUGUGUCUUUUCACAUGAAGAACUCAUUUUCAAGAUGGCAGCAGAUCCAGAAUGCUUAGACGUGGGGCUGGCUGCCAUGGUGUGCAAAGAAUUGACUCUCAUGACUGAAGAAGAGACAAGAUUAAGGGAGUCUGUGGUACAAAUGGGUGUUCUAAUGUCAGAAGAAGAAGUAUUUGAACUUGUUCCUGAUGAUGAGCGACAGUGUUCAGCGUGCAGAACCACGUGUUUUCUCUCUGCUCUCACAUGUUCCUGUAAUCCUGAGCGCCUUGUGUGUCUCUACCAUCCAACUGAUCUGUGCCCCUGCCCCAUGCAGAAGAAAUGUCUUAGAUACCGUUACCCAUUAGAGGACCUCCCUUCUCUGCUGUAUGGUGUGAAGGUCAGGGCACAAUCCUAUGACACGUGGGUCAGCCGUGUUACAGAAGCAUUAUCUGCCAACUUCAACCACAAGAAAGAUUUGAUUGAAUUACGAGUAAUGCUGGAAGAUGCUGAGGAUAGGAAAUACCCAGAGAAUGAUCUCUUUAGAAAACUCAGAGAUGCUGUGAAAGAAGCUGAGACUUGCGCUUCUGUCGCUCAGCUGCUUCUGAGCAAAAAGCAGAAGCACAGGCAGAGCCCAGAUAGUGGGAGGACUCGGACCAAACUGACAGUGGAAGAAUUGAAGGCCUUUGUCCAACAACUUUUUAGUCUUCCAUGUGUCAUCAGCCAAGCUCGACAAGUAAAGAAUCUGCUGGAUGAUGUGGAAGAGUUUCAUGAACGUGCUCAAGAGGCCAUGAUGGAUGAAACCCCAGAUUCUUCCAAACUCCAAAUGUUGAUAGACAUGGGCUCUAGUCUCUAUGUGGAGCUACCUGAACUGGCCCGACUAAAGCAAGAGCUACAGCAGGCUCGAUGGUUGGAUGAAGUAAGACUGACCCUGUCAGAUCCACAACAGGUCACUUUGGAUGUCAUGAAGAAACUGAUAGACUCUGGGGUGGGAUUGGCACCCCACCAUGCUGUGGAGAAGGCAAUGGCUGAACUACAGGAGCUCCUUACAGUCUCUGAGCGAUGGGAAGAAAAGGCUAAGGUCUGCCUACAGGCAAGACCACGGCACAGUGUGGCAAGUUUAGAAAGCAUAGUGAAUGAAGCCAAGAACAUUCCAGCCUUUCUACCCAAUGUGUUGUCCCUGAAAGAAGCGUUACAAAAGGCUCGAGAAUGGACAGCUAAAGUGGAAGCUAUUCAGAGUGGCAGCAACUAUGCUUACUUGGAGCAGCUGGAGAGCUUAUCUGCUAAAGGGCGACCUAUCCCUGUGCGCCUGGAUGCGUUGCCCCAGGUAGAAUCACAAGUAGCAGCUGCACGGGCAUGGAGAGAACGGACCGGGCGGACCUUUCUUAAGAAGAAUUCUAGCCAUACCUUGUUGCAGGUGCUAAGUCCCCGGACUGACAUUGGUAUAUACGGGAGUGGUAAGAACAGAAGGAAAAAAGUAAAAGAACUAAUAGAAAAAGAAAAAGAAAAGGAUCUGGACCUUGAGCCUCUGAGUGAUCUGGAGGAAGGAUUGGAGGAAACCAGAGAUACAGCUAUGGUGGUGGCGGUUUUCAAAGAACGGGAGCAAAAAGAGAUUGAAGCCAUGCAUUCCCUCAGAGCAGCCAACCUAGCCAAGAUGACAAUGGUGGACCGCAUAGAAGAAGUAAAAUUUUGCAUUUGCCGCAAGACAGCCAGUGGGUUUAUGCUACAGUGUGAGCUCUGCAAAGACUGGUUCCAUAACAGCUGUGUUCCCCUUCCUAAAUCAGGUUCCCAAAAAAAAGGGUCUAGCUGGCAGGCUAAAGAAGUAAAAUUCCUUUGCCCUCUUUGUAUGCGGUCUCGAAGGCCAAGGUUAGAGACUAUUCUCUCACUCCUGGUAUCCCUUCAGAAGUUGCCUGUACGUUUGCCUGAAGGAGAGGCCCUGCAGUGUUUGACAGAACGAGCUAUGAGUUGGCAAGAUAGAGCACGGCAGGCCCUAGCCACAGAUGAACUGUCCUCUGCCCUAGCCAAACUGUCUGUGUUGAGCCAGCGCAUGGUGGAGCAGGCAGCUCGAGAAAAGACUGAGAAGAUCAUCAGUGCAGAACUCCAGAAAGCAGCUGCUAAUCCAGACUUACAGGGACACUUACCUAGUUUCCAGCAAUCUGCUUUUAACCGGGUGGUGAGCAGUGUAUCUUCUUCCCCUCGACAAACGAUGGACUAUGAUGAUGAAGAAACAGAUUCUGAUGAGGAUAUCCGGGAGACAUAUGGCUAUGACAUGAAGGUAAUUAAUGGACAGGCAUACCUGAUCACUGGGCUUGUUAAAACUAUUGAACACUGA